GUUUUCCGUCCACCAUUAGUAUCUGUCAUUAUGACUGGGUUCAGCGACGUUGCUCGCGUUUUUCUCAUCGUCGCCGUCGUAGUGGCUAGAACUGGCGAGGGGAAACAACCGCACAUACUGUUUAUCGUCGCAGACGACUUGGGAUGGAACGACGUGGGUUGGCGGAACCCGUCAAUGCACACCCCGAACAUCGACAAACUGGCGCGUCACGGCGUCGUGCUCAACAGCUCCUACGUGCAACCAGUGUGUAGUCCUUCGCGAACUGCGUUUAUGACGGGUAUCUACCCUUUCAGAGCAGGAAUGCAGCAUUACGUGAUCGAGCCAAGUCAAGCUGUGUGUGUACCUCUCAACUUCACCUUUCUGCCCCAGGAGCUGAAGAAACUCGGAUAUUCCACUCACGCAAUAGGGAAGUGGCACCUGGGCUUCUGUAGCUGGGAGUGCACGCCAACGUUCCGUGGAUUCGACUCGUACUUCGGCUACUACAACGGCGCAGAGGACUAUUACACUCACAAGACUGGUCUAUAUCUAGAUUAUCGAGAUGGCCUCCAUGUGGCAGAUAGCUACACGGGGCAAUAUUCAGCAUACACAUUUGCCAAGAGAGCGCAAGAUAUUAUCAAAACCCACAACCAGAGUCGACCACUGUUCUUAUACCUGCCCUUCCAGUCCGUGCACGCUCCUAUACAGGUCCCGAAGAUCUAUGAACGGUGGUACCAGAACGUGAACAACAAAGGCAGACGAGAAUUUUCUGGCAUGGUGUCCGCCCUGGACGAGGCGAUAGGAAACAUCACGGACUCUCUCAGACUGGGUGGUAUGAUGGAGGACACACUUAUCGUCUUCACGGCCGACAAUGGUGGUGAGAUGGUGUUCUAUGCCAACAACUGGCCCCUGCGAGGGGGGAAACACACCGUGUGGGAGGGGGGUACCAGGGGCUCGGCCUUCAUACACGGGGCGGGGCUCAAGAAAACAGGCUACACUUAUGAUGGAAUCAUCCACGCCGUUGACUGGAUGCCGACGUUGCUGUCAGCAGCUGGGGGACAUGUUGAUGAAGUUCCAGGAAUUGACGGGGUAAGCCAGUGGGAUUCCAUUAGGACAGGGGGCGUCUCAAAACGAAGUGAAUUCGUGUACAACCUGGAUGAUUUUUUCAUUCCUACUGAGGGGCAUUCCGCAAUAAGAAUGGGGGAUUUGAAGCUGAUCGAGGGGUUUCCAGGGUUGUACGACGGGUGGUACCGACCCAUGAAUGGAACUGUGGACACGCCUCUCAUGUCGAAUGUCUGGCGAGCGAACGACACGCGAGUCUGGCUCUUCAAUGUUAAAGAUGAUCCAACAGAACGAGUAAAUUUAGCAGACAAAAUGCCGGGCGUGGUUAGUAAAAUGAAGUCUCGCCUGGCGUUCUACCGGAAGAAGAUGGUUCCUGCGAACUUUCCUCCCUUGGACCCGAAAGCCAACCCGAAGAGAUUCGGAGGGGUGUGGACACCGGGCUGGUGUUAGGGAGUGUUGGGGUGUUACGUCUUACAAGCUUCUUGUACUAUAUUUUAAUGAGUCAACAAAUAUCAAUGUUCAGACGAUGUUUUGUUUUAAAUAGUCAUUCAGAACCCGUAUGUCUGUCUAUACUCUAGCUCCACUCCGGGCUGUUCCCAAGUUGAUCACGUCGUGUGGAGGGAUACUUUUUACAAUUAUAUAUAAUUACCACUCAAAGUAUAAAAUUUAAUUAUGUUUUUGUGUUUAUUACAUUUGACCCCUAAAAUUAAUAUUUUAAAAGUAAGAUCACAGUGUGCAAGGUUGGUUUAUGAUUGUAAAUAAAUAUAUGUAUAUU